AUGGCGAUCUGUAUCACUUUUGGGACUCAUGAGUUCACUUCGAUGCUCGAGGGAUAUGAAAAUGUCCGCGCCUACUGCUACAAUUGCCGAAACUGGAAUGGCCAUUGCAUCACCCGGUGCGAUCGGACCGACAUUACACCUGACACUCGGCCCCCGGUAAUGCCAAACUACCAGUGGGGACCUCCAGGACCGCAAUCCCCUCCUCAAGCUCAUGGGGGUGUAGUACCCCAGGUCGAAGCUCAGAAAGGUCAACCGCCACCGCAGCAGCAUGGACCAGUUGACUAUAAGUGA